UAUGUACAGGAACCAACACUUCAAUAAAUAUCCCCGGACAGGAAAAUAAAUGACCCUAUACAAGCUGUAUCCAGAGGUAAAAACUGUAACCCAAUAGCCUAGCUCACGAUGGACUGUCCUAGUACAAACCAGUAAAGAGUAAGGAUUGUAACAUGCAACCACCAUUCAUUAGUUUUUUAUGGCCAGGGAGUAACUUUUAAAACAGUACAAGUAGCUCCUCUCCCUCUCCCUCUCCCUCUCCCUCUGCUUCGCUUCCCUCCAAAAAUCCUAUUUGAUACAAUGGAAAGCAAAGGAAGUAGAGCUAGAACUCGCUUCCCUUCCCUCUUGCUCUCACUUCUUGCUUUGUUAUGCUUGUUUUGUGCUGCAGAAUGUGCAAAAUCACAGGCAAUGUUUAUAUUUGGCGACUCAUUGAUCGACAAUGGUAAUAACAAUUUCAUACCGUCGAUCGCCAAGGCAAACUAUGCUCCCUAUGGUAUCGACUUUGGGCUACCAACCGGCCGGUUCUGCAACGGACUAACUGUCGCAGACUUCGGUUCUAGGAUACUAGGUCUACCAUAUCCACCACCAUAUUUGAGCCUAGCUUCAAGGACUUCCAAGAUACUGGAUGGGGUGAACUAUGCUUCAGCAGCUGGAGGGAUUCUUGAUGAAACUGGCAAAAACUAUGGAGCAAGGGUUAGUUUUAACGGGCAGCUGGAUUUGUUUCGGAAUACAGUAACACAGGAUUUACCAACUUUGAUACCAAACCGAGACGCCCUUACUCAAUUCGUAGAAAGCUCUCUGUUCUUGAUUAACAUAGGGAGCAAUGACUACAUCAACAACUAUCUCCUUCCUAAUCUAUAUACCACUAGCCGAAUCUACACCAGCGACGCCUUCGCUGAUCUGCUCAUUGCCAACUUGACUCAGCAACUCAUUAAAUUGUACAAAUUUGGAGCUAGAAAAAUGGUUUUAGUAGGGCUCGGGCCUCUCGGAUGCAUACCUAGCCAGCUCAACCAGCAGAACAGCACCGAUGGGCGCUGCAUUGAGCGAGUCAAUCAGGUGGUCUCAAAAUUCAACCAACGCCUCCUCCCACUCACAGUAAACCUCAACAGCAGUCUACCAGGAUCCUUCUUUGUCUACCAGAACAUCUAUGAUACGUUCUACAAUGUGAUUCAAAAUCCAGCUAACUAUGGUUUCAGUGUUAAUAACCAAGCAUGUUGUGGGAAUGGAAAGUAUGGGGGAGCAGUAAGCUGCCUGCCACUUCAGCAGCCAUGCAACUCAAGGGACCAGUUCGUCUUCUGGGAUUCUUUCCACCCGACACAAGCUGCUAAUGCCAUCAUUGCUGAGAGGUCCUACGGUACCUCGCCAGGUGACUGCUAUCCCAUAAGCAUAUAUCAGUUGGCAUUGAUAUAGGAAAAGGCUCUAUAAAAAAUGUUGGCAGGGGUUUGUAAUUUCUUAUUACAUUGUAUUAUCGAUAUCAUUUACGGACCAAUCAAAAUCGAAUAUUUUGGAGGUGAGAAUUUAAGAUAGUUUGCAAUA